GCAAGCAGCGAAAAAGUCACGAGAGAACUCUUUCUCCAAGGUCAAUUCCAGCCAUGAAGCCCGUGCCUAUUAGAAAGCAGGCGCAGUACUGACACGCAAGGCUACAUAAUUAAUAAAAAUCGGCCCAGCCAUGACCAAACAGUCUUCUGUCUCCCUUUUCUUCUCCUUCUAUAACCAACACUGCCUCUACAUCUCUGUCCUGAUCAUCUUCUUCGUUUUCUCUUGUCCUCUCAAUACAGGAGCAAUGGAGGAGAAGAAGAGGUGGCAAAUCCCGCUUUCUGGGAACUGGAACUGCUUCGAUGAGAUGACCAAACUCUUUGGCGAUGAAGCCCUGUUAGAACUACCAGUAUCCAUUCCCGUCAAAUCUACUUACCCGUACUGCGUCCAUUGUCAUCGAAAAUUUCAGGUGAGGAAAGACAAUGGAGUUAGAGUGGCGAAGCUCUGCUUGACGGAGAAGCAACAGACGAAACAUAAGAGUGUUUGCGACAUCACGGCAGUCAUGCCGAGGUCUCGCAGAGCUCCCAUGGCCGUGGACGAGGACUUGUACAAGAUUCCUCCUGAGCUCCUUUAUGCAGAGCCCAAACGGGAGAAGGUGAUGAGGAAUCUGCUAUGGGGAUGUAUGGGUGGUCUCAACUGCAUUCGCUGAGCUGUGGAUUGAACUUCAAUGGUGGCAUUAUUUGUCUUCUUCUUUCUCCUGCAUCCUUCUCGUCCUUUCGCCAUCUCAGUUUCAUGAAUUUAGUAUUUGCGAUGUGCAAAUUAAGCCAAAAGUUAACCUUUUUUAUAAGAGAGCAUGCAAAUGAUGUUCCCACUUUGUUGCUUUAUCUCCGUUUGAGUGUUUUUUUGGGGUGUCAGCUUUUGACUAGUGAAAUUCUUGCAUUAUUGCCGCUGUCGUUAAUAGUGAGCCCAUCUUAAUGGCAUUUAGGGGGUGAAUGUCUGGCAUAAUGGAUUUCCAGCA